UUCAAUUUCGAUUCGAGGAAGAACUCGAACAAGAGAAAAAAAAUUUGCAAAAAAAAAAGAAAAAGAAAACGAAUAAUUCUCCUCCAUCUUCGCAUCUUUCUCCAUCUUUUCUUCGAACCUUUCAUCUUUGUUUCUUUUUCCUAAAACAAUUUUUUUUUUUAAUUCUUCUUUUAGAAGCUUUAGCCAUGGAAAAGAAUCAUCAACCUGAAGUUUCUUCAAGUUUUAAGAAAGGAGACGAGGAAGAAAAGAGCUCCGGCGCCGACAUUGUUUUGCCGGCGACGGAGUCACCUGAGUGUUCUAACGAGGAAAAGCCAGUUGCAGCUGAGGUAACCGAGGUAGAGAUAGAGAAACCGGAGGAAAUGAAGACCGGGGAAACUGAAAUUGAAUUGAUUGAAAAGCCUGACGAGAAAGAAAAUGAAGAAGGAGGGGACGAAGGAGAAGCUACUCUUCCACCUGAAAUUGAAUAUAACCUGGAGACAGCUUCGGAAGAUGUUGAACGUUUCUUGUCAAAUCUCUGCACCCCUAAAGAGGAGGGCGAGGCGGGUUUAGAGAUUCCAGAGUUUCUUGACAAGUAUUUGGAUCUUGUUGAAGAGAAAAUAUCCAAGCAUGAGUCUGUUGAAACAAAAGUGAAAGGUUGUCUGCUUCCCGAGGAUGAUGCGUCGUUUCUUAAAGCUGUGAACCAGAUAUCAAAGCUGUAAAAGAAUCUAUCUGCAGGCUUCAAAUUGGAUUCCAUCCAGGGUCCUUUGAUCAAUCGCAUUGGUAAGAUUCAGCAACGAGCUAUGUCUCAUUUGGAGGAUGAGUUCAGGUCUCUCCUGGAAGAUCCAAAACUCCGGGAACCUGACGGCAAGCAGGAGGGUGCAGAUCAUUGCCCUUUACCUGGUAACGAUCAAUCUGCCGAAUCAAAUGAGGAAUCUAACUUUCCAGGGUAUUUUCAGGAAGUUUUGGCCUACUUGACUAAAAUCGCCAAGGAGAUGAUCUCAGGAGGAUAUGAAUCCGAAUGUGAGGUUUACCUGAUGACUAGGAGGAAUAUAAUUGAGGAGACCUUGAACAAGCUAGGAUUCGAGAAGCUUAGUAUGGAUGAGGUUCAAAAGAUGCAAUGGGAAGCAUUGGAAAGGGAGAUCCCUACAUGGAUCAAGGCCUUCAAACAAUGUGCCAAUGUUUACUUUUCUGGCGAACGCAAGCUCGCUGAAACGAUCUUCUCCGAUCAUCCUUCCUUGUCGGACAGCCUCUUCAGCAACCUUACACGCGGAGUGGUCAUUCAACUUCUCAAUUUCGCUGAAGCUGUUGCCAUUAGCAAGCGUUCCACGGAGAAACUGUUCAAAUUUCUUGACAUGUACGAGACCUUGCGUGAUAAUCUUCCCUCUAUUGAUAGUUUAUAUCCUGAAGAAUGCGCCAAAGAGCUCAGGGCAGAAACAACCACGGCUCGUUGUAGGAUUGGCGAGAUUGCGAUUUGCAUAUUUUGUGAUCUUGAGAAUUCAAUCAAGUCUGAUACAGGGAAAACCCCAGUUCCUGGUGGGGCUGUUCAUCCUUUGACUCGCUACACAAAUUAUCUCAAAUAUGCAUGUGAGUAUAAGGCUACGUUAGAGCAAGUUUUCAAGGAGCAUUCCAAGAUCGAAAGAGCUGAUUCAACAAGCAGGCCCCGGAAUUAUGAAGGCGACUCACAAAAUUACAAGAAUGAUGAAAAUAAUCACUCCCCAUUUGCUGGGCAGUUGAUGAGAAUCAUGGAUUUGCUGGAUGCGAAUCUGGAGGCAAAGUCCAAGCUUUACAAGGACGUUUCCUUGGGCAGCAUUUUCAUGAUGAAUAACGGACGUUACAUGCUGCAGAAGAUCAAAAGAUCAGCGAGAUCCAUGAGUGAGGGGGAUACGUGGUGCCGCAAGAGAUCAUCUGAUCUUAGGAACUACCAUAAGAGUUAUCAGAGAGAGACUUGGAUGAAGCUUUUGGGUUGUUUAAGCCUUGAGGGAUUGAAUGUGAACGGGAAGGUGGUGAAACCGGUGCUGAAAGAGAGGUUCAAGAGCUUCAACGCCAUGUUCGACGAAAUUCACAAGACUCAAAGCUCGUGGGUGGUGAGCGAUGAGCAGCUACAAUCCGAGCUGAGGGUUUCCAUAUCAGCAGUGGUCAUACCAGCAUACAGAUCAUUCUUGGGAAGGUUCUCUGGAGUAUUGGAUCCUGGAAGACAAACAGAGAAGUACAUAAAGUUCCAGCCUGAAGAUAUAGAGACUUACAUUGAUGAACUGUUUGAUGGAAACCCUGUUUCCAUGGCAAAGAGGAAAACAUAAGCAGGCAUGGCAAGGAGAAAGAAAAAUUCAACCCUUUCUGUAUGAAGAAAAUGGUGGUGGAGAUUUUGGGCAGUUUUCUCUUUUAGAGGGCAAAGCUGCUUUGAUCGUUUCAAAUUAGAUGUGCCAUUACAGUAAAGAAUACAUGCACUUUGAUUAGCAGGUACACAAAACGCAUUUCUCUCUUCUUUCCAAACCUGUGGAGCUGCUGGAUUCAAUUCCAAGGCAUGCACCUUUUGAAUUUAAUUCGUGUAAUUUAUUUUUGGUUUGUUCUUGCAUUUUCUUUUCCUCCUAAGUAUUGUACGAACGACAUGAUUCUAAUUGUAA